AUGUCUAAUCUGUCCAAUAUUCGUGAGGAGAUCCUCAAAGACAAUGCCAAACGUAUCAUCAUCCGAGUAAAAACAAAAGGAUCGGAGGACUGCCGGGACACCGCUUACAGAAUUGUUGGUGAAAUUUUUCCAGACUGGAAACAGGACAACCGUAUCUUGUUUCUCGCUAUCCAAGUAUGGGGUAAUCGGAUUUUUGUCAACGUUGAUGUCAAUGGCGACAACUACAACUACGACACGGCGCACAAGGACCAGACCGUUCUUCCCGUCCGUGGCUGUGCAGUUAGCGGAACUGCAUCGGGUUACUGGAUAUGUGCGGAGAUCCCAUUCUACGAAAAUCGCAACUCGCAUGUUGUGCACGCCAAUCCGCGCGAGUAUCUCAAGUGA